AUGAUGAUAGAGGACGUGUUUGUAUCUGGCAAGGCCCCCGACGGCGUUGUCGACCUGGGGGUGUCGAGGGGCCUGGCCCCCGACUAUCUAUGCGUCGACCGGAUCCUCCUGACUGGCGGCUUUGGAUCCUCGCCCUACGUCCUCGAGACUCUCAAGGGAACGCUGCUCAAAGAGCGCGAUGUCGCUAACGACGGUUGCGCGGGCGACGGCCUGGUGUCGGACCCACGCGGCGGAUUGGGUCCAGUGCAUUUGAACAUCAAAAACCUUGACUUCAUUGUCUCCAAGGAGCCCCGCCUUUGCGAAAAGCAACAGCAGCUCCAGGAGGAGCCGCACCAGCACCAGCAGCUUCAAAAGCAGCACCAGCAACAGCUUCAGGAGCAGUACCAGCAGCUUCAAAAGGAGCAGCAGCAGCUUCAAAAGCAAAAGCAGAAGCUCAAAGAGCAGGAGCAACAGCUCCAGGAGCACCAGGAGUAG